AAAAUAAAAAAUAAAGUUCCUUCGCCUCUAAACAGUGUGAACGUAAACGUAAACUUUUGUUCCAGCUAAGCCAAGGAUCCCAACUCCCAAGCAUAUUAUUUUCAUUUGCAUUUUAUUGUUUUUCAAUUUUUUAAUUUAUCAAGUUAAAAAGUUUUAAUUGUUAACUGAAAAUGACCAAUAUCAAUUUUCAAGACCUUUCAGACGUUAUAAGACUCAUAAGCGACAUCAAGCAUAAAAAUAUUUUAAGCUCUCACGACAUCGCUCUCAAGACCGAGGCAAUGUUGGAAGCUCUCAUUGCACAAGGAAAAUGGACCAGUGCUUCAGAACUUAUGCAAUUGAUUAAACAAAGAAUAAAAUGCAUUUCGCAAAGCUUACCAAUGGAAGCGACUGCUAUCAACGUAAUGAGACACAUUUUGAAAGUUAUAAGGGAAGAAUUUGAAGUUGCUUCAGAGAAAAAAGGCGAAUCUCAAUCGCUACAGUACAUCGUAACAGGUGCCUCAUCUAAUGUUUUAGACUAUUCCCAAAGCCUUUCCAGCCUACAAGCUGCUUUACUAGACCACCUUUCUGAAUAUAAAACAGAACUUGAAACUAGUGCUGAAAAUAUUGCAGCCCAAGCCUCUGAGCAUAUUCAUAGCAGUGAAACUAUACUUACUUUUGGAACAUCAAAAACUGUGCAAAGAUUUUUAAAAGCUGCCUCAAAAAAACGAACUUUUAAUGUUAUUGUUGUUGAAGCAGCACCCUUAUAUUUGGGUCAUUCUUUGGCAGCCAAUUUAGCAAAAAGUAACAUACAAACAACAGUUAUACCAGAUUCUGCAGUUUUUGCAAUGAUGUCCAGAGUAAAUAAAGUAAUUAUUGGAACCCACACUGUUUUAGCCAGUGGUGGUUUGAGAGCCUCAAGUGGCAUUCACGCUCUGGCUUUGGCAGCUAAACACUAUUCAAUUCCAGUAAUGGUGUUGUCCCACAUGUACAAAUUUACACCAGUUUACUUGGGAUCAAACGAUCAUGAGGCUUUUAAUGAUUGUGCCUCUCCAGCAAGCCUUAUACCUUAUUCUUCGGGACAAGUACUCAAUAAAGCUGAAGUUACAAAUGCAGUUUUUGAUUUUGUACCACCAGAGCUUGUGACACUUUUUAUUACACAUCAGGGAGGAAAUUCACCAUCUUAUGUUUAUAGACUGCUUUCAGAACUGUAUCAUCCUGAUGAUUAUGAAAUUUAAAAUAAAUAUUUCUUUAUAAAAUUUUGUUUUAUUGUUAGCUGUAAAUAAAACCAAGCAAAUUACAUACAAAAUUGUAGUUAUAUUAAAUUAAAUUACUUGAUUACAAAUAGAGGAAAAUCCUUAUUGGAUUAACAAAAUUCUCAAACUAUAUGGGUUUAAUCUUGAAAUGCAUACCAAUCAAUGAAAACACAAGACACUUCAGAUCUUGUACCAAAUAAUAAAAGCAACGCAGGCCGUCAGGAUCCUUAGACUGGCUGACGUCCACUAAAGACCCAGUUUUGGAAGUAGCAAAGGAAAUGUGCUCGUCGUUGAUCACGAUUUCCAAUUCUUGUCUUCCGAUACGGUCAGAAGGCGGCCAAAGGGCGUCAUCUUCCUGCAUGAUCUCAGAGUCCACAAUGAUGCGCUUUAGUUCGUCCAUAACGCAGUUGUGAACGUACACUUCCUUUCUAAUCAUCGUGUCGUUUUUGUAGUUGGAAUUGUUGGCGUAUCUGAGUUUGCCAUCCGGACGAAACUCGAAUUCUAAAAAUUCGUGACCGAAUUUACCUUUGUGGCCCACGUAGUAUCUUAUGUAGAAGUCUGCAGACAUUUUAGCACUCAAAUUAUUGUAGAUUUGUGAAAAAAAUUCAAUCAAUAUUCACAGUAAACCCCAAAAGAAAUUUGUGUUUUUGUGCUGGCUUGGCCGAAAGAUGGAAAGAGUGGGGGGAACCGCUAAAUGAAAAUGAGGUUAGG